AUGAACGGGACCGCCGAUAUUUGUUGGCUUGAUUCCCCUUCAACUUUGGACGAUGUUGCGCUGAGGCUACAGGCUGUCAAAGAGACUGGCAUGGACGCUGCUAUCGAUUUUCAUGGCCGUGUCCAUAAACCGAUGGCGAAGCAGCUUGCAACGCUUGUCCAGCCUUAUCGACCGUUCUUCAUUGAAGAGCCACUCUUACCUGAGCAUAUCGGUGCCAUUAAGGAGCUUUCACAGCUCAUAAGCUGCCCUAUAGCUUUUGGAGAGCGGCUCUACAGUAGGUGGGAUGUCCGGCCUUUUCUUGAAGCUGGAUGUGUGGACGUACUGCAGCCGGACAUUUGCCAUGUCGGUGGUAUUUCGGAACUCAGACGGAUUGCGGCAAUGGCUGAGGUAUAUGAUGUCGCCUUGGCUCCUCACUGCCCACUUGGUCCUAUUGCACUAGCAGCAUGCACGCACAUAGAUACAGUGUCCGCCAACUUUGCGAUUCAGGAGAUGGGCCUUGGAAUGCAUUAUAACAACACUGGCCAGGAUAUUGGUACCUAUGUUUUAAAUCCAGAGGUUUGGCAGGUCAAAGAAGGCUACAUCAAUGUUCUUUCAGGACCGGGCUUAGGUAUUGAGAUCAACGAGCCGAUGGUUCGACAAUUAAGUGAGGGAUGCAAGCCUUGGGAGCCGCCCAGUUUCAGAGGUCCAUGCGGGGAGAUCCGUGAGUGGUAG